UUGAUUGAAUACCCAACAACCUACCAAAAAUGACCCGAAAAUGAACCUAGCCCUAAUUAUGACAAAAGGGAAUAUUUCUAAUCUUCCUAUAUAAAUCUCUUCAUACAUUUCAUUUCUUCAUCUCAAUUGACCACUUUCUAUUACCCUUAAGAUUUAGAACAAUGGAAACUUUCUUGUUCACAUCUGAAUCAGUCAACGAGGGACAUCCCGACAAGCUCUGUGACCAAGUCUCUGAUGCAGUGCUUGAUGCCUGUCUGGCUCAGGACCCCGAGAGCAAAGUAGCUUGCGAGACUUGUACCAAGACCAACUUGGUUAUGGUCUUUGGAGAGAUCACCACCAAGGCCACCAUAGAUUAUGAAAAGAUUGUACGUGACACUUGCAGGGAAAUUGGAUUUGUGUCUGCUGAUGUUGGUUUGGAUGCUGACAAUUGCAAGGUCCUUGUGAACAUUGAGCAGCAGAGCCCUGAUAUUGCUCAGGGUGUUCAUGGUCAUUUGACUAAGCGACCUGAGGAGAUUGGUGCUGGUGACCAAGGUCACAUGUUUGGCUAUGCCACUGAUGAGACACCUGAGUUGAUGCCCCUUAGCCAUGUCCUUGCUACCAAACUUGGAGCUCGUCUUACUGAGGUUCGCAAGAAUGGAACGUGUGCUUGGCUUAGACCUGAUGGUAAAACCCAAGUGACUGUUGAAUAUCACAAUGACAACGGUGCGAUGGUUCCUCUACGUGUUCACACUGUCUUGAUCUCCACUCAGCACGAUGAGACCGUCACAAACGAUGAAAUUGCUCGUGAUCUCAAAGAGCAUGUCAUCAAGCCCGUGAUCCCCGAGAAGUAUCUUGAUGAGAAGACCAUAUUCCACCUCAACCCUUCAGGCCGUUUUGUCAUCGGUGGACCUCACGGUGAUGCUGGUCUCACUGGCCGUAAGAUCAUCAUUGACACUUAUGGAGGUUGGGGGGCCCACGGAGGUGGUGCUUUCUCAGGGAAGGAUCCUACCAAGGUCGACAGAAGUGGAGCCUACAUUGUGAGGCAAGCGGCCAAGAGCAUCGUUGCUAAUGGUCUUGCUAGGAGGUGCAUUGUUCAGGUUUCGUAUGCCAUUGGUGUGCCUGAUCCUUUGUCUGUCUUUGUUGACACUUACGGAACUGGGAAGAUCCCCGAUAAGGAAAUUCUCAACAUCGUGAAGGAGAACUUUGAUUUCAGGCCCGGUAUGAUUUCCAUUAACCUCGAUCUACUGAGGGGUGGCAACGGACGAUUCUUGAAGACUGCUGCCUAUGGUCAUUUUGGCAGAGAUGAUCCUGACUUCACAUGGGAAGUAGUCAAGCCUCUCAAGUGGGACAAGCCACAAGCUUAACUUAUACUGUAGUUGUUUCACACCUUGCGUGAUUAUGCUUUACUCUAGCCUGUUGGCUUUUUCUUUUUAUUUUUUUAUAUCUUAUAUUUGUUUUUGAUGUGGUUUUUGAAGUAUUGUUCCAAGUUUCUUGGGUAAAGUUUGAGGAAUAUGGAAUCAUGGAUUGAGGUGUUAAA